AUGUCGCUCACUAACCAGAUGAUAAACGGCCGGAGGGAGAGAGACUGCAUCAGCAUCACCCAUGAACGAAAGUACUAUCGCUCCGGCGGCACGUUCGUCAAGCGUUCUCUUCGACCAAAGGAAUGGCAAGUGAGCCAGUUCAAGGGGACGAUCCAUGUUCCACGCAAAGGCAGAGAGAGAAUCCUGAACGAAGCCGCAACGCUGCAGUUCCUCAAGGAGAACUCGACCGUCCCCGUCCCACGACUGUACUGCUGUUUCGAAGAUGACGAUGCCGUCUAUCUCGUGAUGGAGUAUAUCGAGGGUGUCAGCAUGGCCGACCUGACUGAGGAUCAAAGGGCGACAGUCGAGCGUGAGCUAGGGAAACACAUCCAGCAGCUUCACGCCCUUCGUUCUUCCAAGCUUGGAGGCCCUUCUGGACUUGUGAUCCCUCCGUAUCGUGCUAUGCAGAAGACGUUCAGGGACGACUGGGAGCUGCAGCCGUCGGAUGAGGAUGACUAUGUCUUUUGUCACAACGACCUCUCGCAGCAAAAUGUCAUCGUUGAUCCGGCUUCGUUGGAGAUAAAGGCCAUCAUCGACUGGGAAUACGCUGGCUUCUACCCUGCUUACUUUGAGCGCACGUUCUUCAAGCGCAAGGGACCUUCAGCAGCGAUAAACGAUGAGACGGACGAUUCGGAGCUUAACACGAUGGUUCGAGAAGAGAUAAAGCUGAAGCUUGUCGUAUUUGUCGUAUACAGCACUGUAGCAACAACAAGCCUUGUGUCGUCAUCUCCAUCUUCCUCCCCAUCUUCAUCCUCUAUAUCCAACAUUCCUUACUUGUAG